CUUCUAUUUUCUUUUAAUUUUUUUCUUUAGGAUAUGAGGUGAAGAGAAGGAUAAAGGAAUGAAUUAAAGGAAGAACGAUGGAAUGAAGGAUGAAGUGGAAGAAAAUGGAUAAGAAUGUAAAGAGGAAUAAAAGAGAGGAAACAUGGUUGGGAAAAGGUACGCAUAAAGUUGAAAGAAAAAAAAUGUAGAAGGAUAGAAGGAAGAUAAAUGCAUGCGUGUAUCGUAAAUAACAACAACAAAGAGAGAGAGAGAAAAAAAUAAGAAUGUCCAUCGGGAAAUGAGACAAGGUCGUGGCGUGAGGCGAAGGAAGACGAUAAAGUCGAAUCUGAACAGAAGAUGAAGACGAAUAAGGAAAGAGAGGAAUGAGAAAAACGAGAGAACAAAGAUUAGAACCAUGAUUAGUGACGGAACGUGUGUGUGUGUGUAUGUGUGUGUGUGUGUGUGUGUGUGUGUGUGUGUGUGUGUGUGUGUGAGAGAGAGAGAGAGAGAGAGAGAGAGAGAGAGAGAGAGAGAGAGAGAGAGAGAGAGAGAGAGAGAGAGAGAGAGAGAGAGAGAGAGAGAGAGAGAGAGACGGUAAGGUUAUGGAAAUGGAAAAUGAUGCAGGAAAAGGGAAUAAGAAAUAGGAAAAUAAAUGCCGUGAGUAAGAAUGCAAGUAAUAAUGAUGAAAAAAAAUAAUAAUAGUAAUUCGAUUGCCGGCCUUGUCUCGUCCCAGAAAUAAUAAUAAUAGAUUAUAUCAAAACUAAACAGCAAAAAGAAAAUAACAGUUGAAAUAUUUCCAAUCUCUAUUUUUAUCAUCACUGUUUUCUUUAUUACUACUAAGUUCUCAAAAUCCAUUUCAAAAGUUAUCUAAAAAUCCUAUUUCCCCUCCCACGAAAUACGUGAACUGCGUCAUUACGAGUGUAAUUUUUAUAUUUAUUUCUAUAAUAAUUUUUCUUAUUUAAGGGCAAUGAAACAAAAUAUUAUGCUGUGAUAGACUCAGACAAUUUUUUUUUUAUUUCUCUUUAUUCAUUCAAUUGUCUUUUUUUUUCGCAUAAUGAUCCUAGAAUGGUAAAGCCUUGUCGCUGAACACAACUGAAGUAAGAGGAGGAAAAGAUGGAGGAGGAGAAGGAGGGGAAGGAGGAGAUCAAAGAGAGGAGCACUUUAGAUAAUAUAAUUACGUAUUGUCAGAGAGAAAGAAUGAGAGAAAGAAGAAAAGAAAGAAGGAAAGAAGAACAAAGAGCAGCAAAAGAAGGAGCGUGGAUAAGAAGCAAUUUACAAACCAAACAUAAUUAUAUGAAAGUAAGAAGCAGAAAGAAUAACACCACGCAGGAAAAAACACAACAACAGCAACAAGAAGAAGAAGAAGAAGAAAAAUAACAUCACCAACAAGAACAACAAAAACAGACAUAACAAUUAUAAUCUAGCUAAAGAAAAAAAGGCAAUAAAAGAAGGCAAGCCAGAAGCAAAAAUAACAAGAGAAAACAAAGAGAGAAAAGAAAAGACAAGAUAAUGGAUUGUUUGUGUGGUGUGUGUGUGCGUGCGUACGUGCGUGCAUAUGUGUGUGUGUGUGUGUGUGUGUGUGUGUGUGUGUGUGUGUGUGUGUGUGUGUGUGUGUGUGUGUGUGUGUGUGUGUGUGUGUGUGUGUGUGAGAGAGAGAGAGAGAGAGAGAGAGAGAGAGAGGAGAGAGAGAGAGAGAGAGAGAGAGAGAGAGAGAGAGAGAGAGAGAGAGAGAGAGAGAGAGAGAGAGAGAGAGAGAGAGAAUAUGCAACAUCAAUAGUAGGCAGAAGGAAGGAAAGAGCGAGGAAACAGUAUAAACAUAGGAUUAAUACGCGUUGAGAGAGAGAGAGAGAGAGAGAGAGAGAGAGAGAGGAAGAGAGAGAGAGAGAGAGAGAGAGAGAGAGAGAGAGGAGAGAGAGAGAGAGAGAGAGAGCAGUAUACUAGCAGACAACAUAUGAAUAAGACUAGGAGGAAGAGGAGGAGGUGGAGGAGGAGGAGUAGAAAGAGAAAAUGGAAUAUUGACGGACGAAGAUACAAAGCAGAGAGAGAGAGAGAGAGAGAGAGAGAGAGAGAGAGAGAGAGAGAGAGAGAGAGAGAGAGAGAGAGAGAGAGAGAGAGAGAGAGAGAGAGAGAGAGAGUAUAGGAUAGGAUAAAAAGUAAGAAAAUCAAUAAAGUAGAGAGUAAAAUGAGAGAGAGAGAGAGAGAGAGAGAGAGAGAGAGAGAGAGAGAGAGAGAGAGAGAGAGAGAGAGAGAGAGAGAGAGAGAGAGAGAGAGAGAGCAAACGAGAGGGGUGAAGAAAGGAAUGAAAAGGAGUAGGAGGAGUGGAGGAGGGUAGAAGAGAAAGGGAAAAGAGGAGGGAGAAGAGGAGAGAAAAUAAGAAGAGACGAGAGGAGAGGAGAGGAGAGGAAAGGAGAGGGGAGGAGGGAAGGAGCCGUGACCGCCAUCUGGUUAUUUCAAGGUCAUACUAUUGAUUCUCUUGAAGGGGGUGGGGGAGGACGGAGGGAGAGAGGGAGAGGAGGGAGGCGAGGGCGGAGAGGACGUCAAGAGGAAAGGAGGAAGAGGAGGAGGAGGAGAAACAGGAGGAAAUGGACAAAUUAGUGCUGGAGGAAGAAGGAAAACCGGGAAAAUUAGCAGGGGGAAAAAUAGGUCAGGUAGGCUUAGGUAAGAGAGAGAGAGAGAGAGAGAGAGAGAGAGAGAGAGAGAGAGAGAGAGAGAGAGAGAGAGAGAGAGAGAGAGAGAGAGAGAGAGAGAGAUAUUACAGUUCCUAAUUCAUAUUCAUCUGUUUAUCUUGACGAAAAGAAAAAAAAAACACCGUGUAGUGAGAAGGAAAGAAGAGCGACAAGCGAGUGAGAACAGAGAGAGACAGAGAGAGAGAGACAGAUGUAUGAAGAUUAAAUCCCACUGCUUUAUCAGUCUUCCUUCAUGAAAUUCAGCGACAAGGCUUUAUGACGUCCAUGCAGUUAGCAAAAAUCAAUGUAUUCUGCCCUUGGCUCAGCUACACCUACGAGGGGAGGGGAAGACUUCAAAAUUUGUUAUACUUUCACAGCAUGUCGGUUUUAUAUCCAUGCAGCUGUUACUGCGUAUGUUUGUGCAGGAUUUGUUUAUUUUUCCGUGUUUCUGACCAGAGAGAGAGAGAGAGAGAGAGAGAGAGAGAGAGAGAGAUGAAAGAAGAUGAAAGUCAAGAGAAAAAUGGACUUGAAAACACAGAACACUGGUCAGCAAACAGAAUGAGAAAGGACUACAGGAGAAAAAGAUACACAACACCAGAUACAGCAUGCGCAAGGAAAAACAAACAGAGAGAGAGAGACAGAACGAAAGAUAGAGAGAAAGAGAAAGAUAUACAGCCUUUGUGACAUUAGCCAGUUAGUACUAGAUAGAGUAGCGCAGCAGCAGGAGCAGCAGCAGCAGGAGCAAUACCAACAACAAGAGGAGGAGGAGGAGGAGAUCGAGAAGUGGCACUAGCGCUAACGUGCACCACCUCCCACUACCUCGACUGUGGCGGCACUCCGGCUGCCGCUCGCUCGCUCAGCUUUAAAGAACGUGGCACCCGGUGUUGCCAGAACCCCGCGGCACCUCACACCGCAGCUCUCGUGGCCCUCAGCCCGCCCACUCCGCCCUAGAGGUACACAAUUGGAUGUUCUGAUAUGCAUGUGGAUCUCGUUCAACACCCGGCGACGCCCUUUUUCAUCAGGGAUUCUCAGGGCGAGGCAGCGGCGGUGUGGCAGGGCCUUGCGUGGCACCACCGCAUGGUAACACUGGCUGCAGAGGUUGUCUUUGUUUUUAGGUUGCCAAGUUUCCAUUUUCUUAUGCAAAUAAAAACUUUUCCCUAUAUAAAAAAAUAUAAAAAUACAAACAAAAACAAUAAAUGAAAAGUAAAAAUCCCAUAAAACCAAAACAGUGAGACAAGAAAAAAUCUAAAAAAAAAAGAAUUCGUGAGUAAUGGAUGUGUGUGCGGAGAGUAAAGAAAACAAAAAUGAGAGAGAGAGAGAGAGAGAGAGAGAGAGAGAGAGAGAGAGAGAGAGAGAGAGAGAGAGAGAGAGAGAGAAUGACAGAUUUGUGUGCAAAGUAGUGAAUAUGCAAAAGAAUUUAUCGAUCAGAGAGAAAUCAAUCACCACUGAUGGAAGCUCCUACGGGAAUUAAUUACGCAAGAACCGAAAUACCAAGGCACUGAAAUGGGUAACACAUGAUAAAUAAAUAAAAGUAGAGUAGUAACUAAAAUUGUAUUCUAGUAAAAGGGAGGAAAUUAAAUCAAAGCAAAUAAAAGUGCAUGUAGAAUGUAGCAAGUAUAAAAGAUCUAAAGAUAGAAUAUAUGAAAGGAAAGUACGUUAAAGUCCUGAUAUUUUCUGAACUUUGAAAUUUCCAACGUUGAUAAUGAAGGAGAAGAAAUAUUUUAAGUCAUGUCUUUAGAUUUAUGUUCCGCUAAUAAGUUUGUAAAAGAAAAAAAAACAUAAAGCCACUUCGAAAUGAUAGGAAAAAUAGAGAAAAGAAAGUGAUGAAAGUCAAUAUCGUGUGAAUGAAAGCACCUUUUAUGAACUAGCAUUUCUCUUCUUAAAAAGAAUAGCAGUUAAAAAUACAGUUAAAAAAAAAAUUACCGCAGUUAAAGAUUAAAAAAUGAUAAUGUGGAAUGAAUUAACGAUAAGUUUAAAAAUACAAGCAAUGCUCCGAAGACUGAAAAUAAAAAAAAAGAAUGAAAACACUGAUGAAGCACUGCAGUGAAGGAAUGAAAAAAAAAAAACGGGAAGAGAAGGAAUGGAAGAAGGAAUGAAUUAAUUAAAAGUUUAAAAAUACAAAACCUUGUUGCUACAGAGUGAGGAGUAAAUCAAUGCACGGAGGAGGAGUAGGAGGAGAGGGAGAAAGAGGAGCAUCAUCCCUCCUCGCACUGCUUGUGAAAUAAUAAUAAUACUACCUUCCUCCCUCCCUUCUGUUCACCGAAAUGUGACGUCACGCCCCAACUCCAGGUGACGUAAGCCGUGAUAUCGACCACUAGCGUUGGGUAAGGGUCAGGCGGUCCGCAGUCUUCCCCUCCCACUUCCCCCUCCUGCGUCCCUGCCUCCCUUUCACUCCCCACGCUGCUCCCACCUCAUCUGACUCCCCUCCCAACUCUCCUGGUCCUCCCCUCGCGUUCCUGCCUCCCCUUCAUUCCCCUCUCUCUUCUCUCCCACUCCUCCUUUCCUCUCCCUCCUCCCUUCCUCCAUUUACACCUCUCCCAGUCCUCAGCUUCAAUGUCCCUCCCUUCAUCCCCUCUCUGUUCACCACACGCCAUCUAGUACCUCCCUCCGGUUCUCCCUCCUUUCAUCCCCUCUCUGCUUGCACCGCAUUAUCCGCCACCCUCCUGCCUUCCCUCCCUUCUCCCUUUCUCCAGUCAGUCAGCAUUCCACCACCUACCUUCCCAGGGCCCUUCCUCUCUCCCCUUUCACUCCUCACUUCACCUCCCACUUGCGUGCCUACCUACCUAGCCACCAACCUGCGUACUUUCUCUCAAUCCUACAGACUUGAGUGGCUUCCAAUCUCACUAAUCCCCUUCCUUCCUCACUUUUUCAACACCUCCAAUCCCUCAUCACCACCAUCACCUUGCCCCCAGUGACCUCUCAACCUUUCUCCUCACUCAUCUAAUGUCCUCACCUCCCGCCCACUCCCGCCAUGCUCCUCCUUCACCAGGCUGCUUUGCUGUGCUUUGCCUUCUCUUCUUACUCUCAGCCCUCUCCUUUCCUGGCUAAAUGAAGGCAGCAACGUAGCUCGCUCAUAUGGUCCCAAAUUUACUGACCACCAUGCGUGACUGCAUAAUGGAGAAAGUUAAGAAUAGGUGCUAAAAGGAAAAGAGAGGAGAGUUGCUCGUUCAUAUGAGAGAAAAUGACCAUCAUGGUUGCGUUACCAUCAAGGGAGUUAGCAAGAGUUACUGAAUGUAAAAUGAAAUUAAAAGACUGUACUAGAACAGAUGAAAUAAAUAAUCAAGAAAAUUAAGAAUAGGUACGAAAAGGGGAAGGAGAGAAAAAGCAGAUAUAUUAGAUGUAAUGAAGCAGCUGCAAUAUCGUCAGUCAUGAAAAAAUAAAUAAAACAAAUAAAUAAAAUGGAGCUAGAAUAUAUACAUCAUAAAGUCAAACCAACAAGAUGAAAAUAAAAGCGAAAUAAACAUGCCUUGCUAUCUGGAGUGCAUGAUUAUGAAGAAAAUAGAGGUCAGGUAAUAAAUACAAAAGAAAGAGAAGAGUAACCCUAACCUAACCUAAAUGAGGGUAUUUUUUUCUAUGCGGGGAAGGAACUACAUAUAGCAGACAGAAAAAAAAGUAAACAAAUAACACAGUGAUGGUAUAAAUUCAAAUAAAAUAAAGUGGUGACAAUUAAAAGAAAUAACAGUUGAAAUAAUUAUUUUGACAUUUUCUCUAAUUCUACUCUUUCAUUGAUUUAUGCUUUUUUGUGUGUGAGAUGAAUACCGGAUGACAAGAAGAAAAGAAUAAAUAAAUAAAUGCAAAGAACAGAAAGAGAAGUGUGUGUGUGUGUGUGUGUGUGUGUGUGUGUGUGUGUGUGUGUGUGUGUGUGUGUGUGUGUGUGUGUGUGUGUGUGUGUGUGUGUGUGUGUUCUGUUAUUGCUCAGUUCUCGAUACGUUUGGUGUGAAGAAAAGGAAAAUGUGCGAGAAAAAAUGAAUAAUGGACUUAUGUAUAUGAAGAAAAAAAAAUGUAAGGAAGAUUUAAGAGCAAAUUGAAAACUAGACGUGUAGGUAUGUAUGAAUACAGGUACGUAUGUGUGUGUGUGUGUAUGUAUGUAAGUAUGUGUCUGCCAACCACUGAAAUUCCUAAUGUGGCAGAAAAAAAAAAAAGAGAGCGAGAAAAAAAAAAUAUGCAGAGCGAUUAUGAAGCGUGGAAAGAUUGAACACUAAGAAAGAAAAGAAAGAGAAGUACAUGUGAAGAAAAAAAAAGAUAGAUAUACCAAAAAGCAAUGAAAAGGAUAAGAGUUCAAAAGAAAGAAGGAAUGAAAGGAGGAAAGAGAAGUAUGUGAAAAAGAAAUACGAAAAGCAAUGAAAAAAAAAACUCAAAAUAAAGAAGAAAUUAAAUAAAGAAAUGAGUAAUAGAGGAAAAUAACAAUACUGGAAGCAAUGAAAAAAAAGUGAAAAAAAACAGCUAGGAGAGAGAGAGAGAGAGAGAGAGAGAGAGAGAGAGAGAGAGAGAGAGAGAGAGAGAGAGAGAGAGAGAGAGAGAGAGAGAGAGAGAGAGAGAA